GCCGUUUAGAACCAGGAUACCGCAUCUAUACACAGACUUAGCGCCGAAGCAAGCAAGCCUUCUCGAGCCUAGCCCCACAGCAGUUUUGGCAAGAUCUCGAGUUGUACACUACAAGCGUCAUCCUCGAUCACCACAGUUUGGAAGCGCCCUACUCGCGGAUCCAGCUUCAGCGACCUCCUCCAUCUUGAUUCCGAGCGGGCAUCACAAGUCGGUCUAGGCUCCAAUCUCGCCCUUCUGCCCUCCCUGCUUCGACUUCUCCCCUCCUCUGGCUUGUCCGCAGAGCAAUCGCGCUCGCGCUUCAUGUCUCCCUCCAAGACCCUGCCCGCCCAUCGCAAAACGGUGAUCCACAAUGUUCGUGUCUUCGAUAGCUGUACCGGCAACCUUGGAGCUUCCCAGACGGUGGUCAUUGAUGGUGACGUGAUCGGAUCGAGCACAGAAGGCGCCGACGAAACUGUCGAUGGCCAAGGAGGCGUUCUGCUGCCUGGCCUGAUUGACGCCCAUGUCCACCUUCACCACGAAGGCCAUCUCCGCGCGCUUGCCAAGCAUGGAGUCACAACCGCACUGGACAUGGCCACCUGGCCGGCAGAGAAGAUGAAUGGCCUUCGAGCAAGAGCGGGCUUGCCAGACAUCCUGAGCGCUGGCCUGCCCGCUACCGCGCCUGGCAGCAUCCACAGCCACAUCCUGCCCCUGCCAGAAGAGGCAAUGUUACGCGGUCCCGACGGUGCAGAUGCUUUUGUCGAGCACAGGAUUCAGGAGGGCUCUGACUACAUCAAGCUGAUUGCAGAUGUGCCAGGGCCCUCCCAGGCGACGCUAGACGCCUUAACACGAGCUGCACACGAGAAGCAGAAGAUGGUGGUGGUCCACGCAUCGGCCUCAACGCCAUUCAAGAUGGCCUUGGACGCCAAGGCUGACAUCAUCACCCAUGCGCCACGGGACCGUUGCGUUGAUGCGGAAUUGGUGGAGCGCAUGAAGGCGGAUGGCAUUGUUUCCGUGCCUACAUUGGUGAUGAUGCAAGAGAUCAGCAAACGCCCUCCGAUGAGUGCCAUGCUUGGGUUGCUCCGCUCGCCCUCUCUCUUCAUGGCGCUCGUUCGGUCAAACAGGAGUGCAGAGGGAAAGCAACAAUACGAACAUGCAAAAGAGUCCGUGGCCAUGAUGCACAGGGCUGGUGUGCCAAUCUUGGCGGGCACAGAUUGUCACGAGGAGCCGGGCACGUUUGUCAACGUGCAACAUGGCGAGUCGUUGCAUCGCGAGCUGCAGCUUCUCGUCGAGGCAGGCCUUUCUAAUGUCGAAGCUUUGCGUGCUGCCACCGUCCUCGCUGCAGAACACUUCGGGUUCCGUGAUCGCGGCAUUGUGAAGGAGGGAAAUCGUGCCGAUUUGGUGCUGCUCCGCGACGACCCUACACAGGACAUCCGGGCAACGCGUGCAAUCGAACGUGUCUGGUGUGCCGGCGUUCCGUUUGUAUUGUAGCUGAUCGAAGUGUGCAGCACGGCCAAAGAAAGGAUGUCGUUUCUGCGGCAACGACGGUAGUCGUGUCAACGGUGAAGGAGCCCGUUUUUUUUUCUGUUUUUUUGGAAGAUGGCUUCAUCAAGGGGUGUAAUCCAUUUAACAUCUUGAUAUUUCCAG